AUGUCAAAGUUCUUCCAGAAAUUAAAGUGAAUGGCCUGGAGCAAUCAGUCAGUGGUGACUGAAUUCAUACUAUGUGGUCUGUCUGGAUCAUCAGAACUCCAGAUCUUCUAAUUCCUGUUUUUCUCCACAGUCUAUGCAGCCACUGUGCUGGGGAACCUCCUUAUUGUGCUCACCGUCAUGUUGGAGCCAUGCCUUCACUCCCCCAUGUACUUUCUUCUGGGCAAUCUCUCCUUCAUUGACAUGUCUCUGGCCUCAUUUGCCACACCCAAAAUGAUUGCAGACUUCUUUAGAAAGCACAGAGCUAUCUCUUUUGAAGGUUGUAUAACCCAGAUAUUCUUCCUACAUCUCUUGGGAGGUGCUGAGAUUGUACUACUGAUCUCCAUGUCUUUUGAUAGGUGUGUGGCUAUAUGUAAGCCUCUACAUUAUUUAACCAUCAUGAACCAGAGAAUGUGCGUUGGUUUUGUGAUACUUUCUUGGAUUGUGGGCAUCUUCCAUGCUCUGAGUCAGUUAGCAUUUACAGUGAAUCUGCCCUUCUGUGGACCCAAUGAAGUAAACAGCUUCUUUUGUGACCUUCCUUUAGUAAUUAAACUUGCCUGUGUAGACACCUACAUUCUGGGGGUGUUCAUGAUCUCCACAAGUGGCAUGAUUGCCCUGGUGUGCUUCAUCCUCUUAGUGAUCUCCUAUACUGUCAUUCUAGUCACCAUUCGGCAGCAUUCCUCUGGGGCGUCCACCAAAGCCCUUUCCACUUGCAGUGCCCACUUCACUGUUGUAACCCUUUUUUUUGGUCCAUGCAUUUUCAUCUACAUAUGGCCUUUCACAAAUUUCCCAGUAGACAAAGUUCUCUCUGUAUUUUAUACUAUAUUCACUCCCCUCUUAAAUCCAGUGAUCUAUACUUUUAGAAAUAAAAAUGUUAAGAAUUCCAUGAGGAAACUCAGAAACCAUAUCUUUAAGUCUAGAAAACUUGAUCAUACCUCUUGA